AUGCAUGACAGAGAGGCAACAGAAGACUCGCUGGUCGAAGCAGACGGACUCGCUGACUUUGCGGCGGCACGACAAGCUGGACCCUCGUCGCUGGCGAGCGGGUCGUUCAAGUCGCGGGAUGCGGGCGGCGGAACGAGGGGCAGCAUCAGACCCGCGAUGUAUGGGAGGGACGACGGAGACGGUGGCUGGUACAGCGUGCGACAACCGCCAGACUCACUUCCGCGACGCUCUGGCUUCGACCAUUCUUCCUCGCACUAUCAAAUCGACUCGUGGUCUCCCGCUCUCCAUCCUCGGCAUUCGUACUCAUACGCGGCCUACAUGUCUCCAGCCCAACCUCACCCAAGGCCGACAUACUCGCUCGACUCGCCGCACUCGCCUCCCUUCUUCCCCUCCUUCCCGCCUUCAGCUCACCACCCCUCCUCCUUCGCCCGUCCAACCUCUUCCUACGGUACUCCCUCGAACGACGCACCGUUCGCACUCCCAACCCUCCUCUUCGAUGACCCCGCCCAUCUCCCUACUUCUCCUUCCGCACAUUCUGCUUUUUACCGCGACCCAUUCUCGCACAACGACGUUGACGACGACGAGACCCGCGGAGACCUCGCCUACGCUCUGACGGACGAGCGGGAGAAAGGAGAGUGGUUCGAGGCAGCGGGGUCGUAUCAGCAGGGUGUUGGAUUCGAGGGUGUGUCUGGGUCGAAGGGGUUGGGACUGGAGCAGAAGGCUGCGGCGAGGAUGGAGAAGCUCGCGCAGAAGUUUGGCGAGGAGCGCCCAACUGAUGCGGCGGGUGUCUCGGCAAAACAGCGCAUGAAGGAAGCGAAGGACGCGAAGAAGGCGGAGAAGCUGGAGGUACAGCGUACGACCGGGGUGGACGACAAGGGCCGACUCGUCGUGAUGGGAAGGCGGAAGAGGCUGGCGUUGAGGUGGUUUCAGGCGGGAGGAGCGGUCGUUGUUGGGAUUGGAUCAAUCGGGGCAGCUGUCCUUACACACCCGAAGGACAAGCCCCCUCCUUCCGGCUCAGCCCCCCUUCUGAUCCUCUACCUCCUCCCCUUCCUCUCGCUCUUCCUCACAACCUACCUCUUCGCCAUCCGUCCUCUGCUCUACAAACGCCGCUCUCAUCACUCUCCGCAACCUCAGGCCGGCCUCGCUAUGCCUCUCUUGCAACAAGAACAACCCCAGCCCACCGGAGGCUGGUGCGACUGUCUCGGGGAGUCGAGACGUCGCGUGCCAAGAGGGCAGUAUCACCCACCGCAGUUCAAUCUAAUCGUCGAUCCGAGGCUGAUGGCGGCGAUGCAGGGGCAGACAUCGGAGGAGGGCGGACGAGCGAGCCGAAGAGGGCGGCAGAAGCGGCGCAAGAAGCGGCGUCAUCCACGUUCUCCGCUCGAUGACCAACGAGCCACCGACUCGUCGUCGUCUUCCGACUCAGACGGAGUUAAUUCAGACCUAUCGUCCGGCGAAGAGGACCCUUGGACCGCUCGCUCUUCCUCUUCCUCAAACCCUCGCAGAUCCCUCCUCUCACACGUCCUGCUCGACACUACGUGGCGUCAAGCUCGCUCGUGGGCGAAGAAAGUAGCUGUGGCUGAUGCGGUGUGCGCGGUGGGUUGGGGAGGGGUAGCGGGAUGGGCAGUAACGGGUGGAAAGAGGUGUCCUGCGGGCGGACUCGAGGGAUACUGGUGCGCCCUCGUUGCGGUUACUUUCCGUCGAGACGAACUAACGAAUGAGCGGCGCAGCAACCUGUACAACACAGCCCUCGCCUUCUCCUUCCUCCUCUCCGCCUCGUUCGUCGCUUCUUUCGCGCUCGACUGCUUCGAUCUGAGCAGGACGAAGGUCUCGCCGAGGCAUCGGCAGCAGCGGCUGCGGGAUGGUGUGGUGUGA